UUCACUCUGCCUAUCUCUCCUCAGACUGACGAUGGCUGAAGCCCACCUCGGUAGAUUAAAGGAUGAGUUCAUCUGCACAAUUUGUCUGGACUCCUUGAGUGACCCUGUCACUAUCCCCUGUGGUCACAAUUUCUGUCUGAAGUGCAUCAGCGACUGUUGGGAUCAGAGUCAAGAGUUCUUCUGUCCACAGUGUAGAGAGAAGUUCAGCACAAGGCCUGCUCUGCGAAGAAAGAAUCUGCUGAAUGAAGUCAUCAAAAAAUUAAAGAAGACGGCACUCAGUUCUCCUCCAUCUAAGAAUUAUGCCAGCCGUGGAGAUGUGGAGUGUGAUGCCUGUACUGGGAAGAAGUUCAGAGCAGUGAAGUCCUGUCUAACCUGCUUGGCCUCUUUCUGUCAGACUCACCUGCAGCCUCACAAUGAAGUAGUGGCCUGGAAGGGACACAAGCUGGUUGAUCCUGAUAGAAAGCUGAAGGAAAAGCUCUGUGUGAAACAUCAGAAGAGUCUGGAGAUGUUUUGCAGAACCGAUGAGAUAUGCAUCUGCAUGAUGUGUGGAAUGACUGAACACACUAGUCAUGAAAAGGUGGAGCUGAAGACGGAAAGAGAAGAAAAACAGAAACAGCUGGGGGCGACACAGAGUGAAAUUAGGAAAAGACUUGAAGACAAAGAGAAGAAACUGAAGGAGACGAGGAGGACAGCGGAGGAGAUGAAGCUUUCUGUGGAAAGAGUGAUGGGAGAACAUGAGAAGAGCUUCACUGAUCUGAUUCACUGCAUUGAAGAAGCCCACGGAAAAUUGACCAAGAAGAUCAAAGAACAAGAAAAGAGAGAAAUGGAGAAGGCGGAAGGAGUCAUGGAGCAACUGAAGAAGGAGAUUGAGGAGCUGAAGAGGAGAGAAGCUGAGCUGAAGGAGCUUUCAAAGACCAAGGACCACAUCCACUUUCUGCAGACUUUCUCAUCUCGCUGUGUCCUUCCUGCUCAUGGAGACUCGCUCAACUUCACUGUCACUGCUGACUUUUCUUCUGAGGACCUGCUAAAGGAGCUGUCAGGUCUGAAAAAGAGAAUGGAAAAGAUCAGCAAGUGGGACAUCAUGACAAGGACUCCACCAGGUCGUGAAGCUCCAAUCUUCACCCUACAGCCUCUUGAACCUCAAAGCAGAGAGGACUUUUUACAGUACUUCUGUCCCCUCACACUGGACAUCAACACGGCACACAGAGACCUCUGUCUGUCCGAAGGGAACAAGAAGGUGACACGUGAGGGCACAAAAGACAAAUAUCCUGAUCAUCCUGACAGAUUUGACUGCUGGGAACAAGUUCUCUGCAGAGAGGCUCUGACUGGGACUCGCUGUUACUGGGAGGUGGAGUGCAGUGGAGACUUCAUGGUGUUUGGAGUCGCAUAUAAAGGACUGAGCAGGAAAGGACUGGGCGUGGAAUGCGGCCUUGGAUACAACGACAGGUCCUGGAGUUUGCUGCAGUAUCCUUCCCAGUACUUUGUGUAUCACAAUAACAAGGAGACUGAAAUCAUCGCCCCCUACAGCCCCAGAAUAGGUGUGUAUCUGGACUGGCCUGCUGGCUCUCUGUCAUUUUAUAGCGUCUCACACACAAUGACCCUCCUGCACACCUUCUACUCCUCCUUCACUGAGCCCCUCUAUCCAGGGUUUUAUCUUGGUAAUAACUCCAGUGCAACAAUCAGCCAUCUGACACCAGGUGACCGCUGACCAGUACCCUCCACCGGUCACUUGAUGUCCCCACAAGCGCAGGUCCUCUUUGUGUUUGUAGUUCGGGGUGAAAUAAAUUUUACAGGUUGGGUGGGUUGGUGGGGCUGCACCUCUGUGACUGAAUUUGUGGGUGAGAAUGCGGGGCGAGUGCGGCUGUCAGGGUCUCCAUUAUUAUUGGGUUUGAGUAGCCAAUCAGGUGUGUGUGUCAUAAUGAGGGUGGUG